AUGACAGAGCUACAAACAGAGCGCAAUUCUUCGCCCUACCGAUCUGAUUUACCCCAGGAAGAGAUUUCACGGCCUACCGCUUCUCCUGAGGAGCUGGCUCUCCAGGAUCAUGCUGAAGCUGCGCAGUCCGGGUCUUCUGGGCUAAAUGUUUCAACACAGGGGCAUGGCCAAGAUGCAGAUUAUAACGAAAAUCGGGUCCUAUCCGGUGAAGAUGAUCCGAUCUCUCAGUCGCCCGCUGAGUUGAGCACAGGUUUCUCCUUGGAGGCAGCCACACUAAGGGGACCAACAACCAUACCUUCUGCUGUGAUUUCAUCCAACCCGCCGGUAGAUACCCAUCCCCCCUUCGAGCAAGCUCAAAGCAGACUCAACUCACGAUCCGAUACCCUUCUAUCUCGACAGUCGUCUCCUGCAACAUCUCCUCCAACCUCACCACGUGUCCGAGCAUCCUUAAUCCAUCAGAAUUCGGACGUUGUCACCAUGCAGCUAGAAGUCUUGGGAAACCGUAAUACUCGUAACCCGAGUCCACAGCAUCCAAGAACUGCCAACGAAAUUGACCGGUCCGACUACAAUGGAGCGCCCGCAGACCGUAGGUCAAUUCAGGAUUUCCUGGACAAUCUUCUAGCGAAUCAGGGACAAAGUCUCGCUACGGUAGCUGGGUCAGAAGCUGUAGACAGCGAUGGACUUUCUAAUAUGACCACUGCACUGUCUCCUGAAACCGGUGACGGCUCGUCAAGUAUUCCAUUACAUGAUCAAGAUCACAGUCAGCGCACAUUAGAUGAGCAGCCUACACAUGGUACUCCCGCAACGCAACCGGUCACAACAAUCGCCAACAUUCUACCAGACAGCGUGGAAGAGCCAAGCAAUCUUGAGCCGACCUCAGACGCGGACGUCCUUCAUGCCCAUGUUUCCAAUGGGGAGCUGCCACCGCCACUAGUAGACGCUCUUGUUUCUGGUGACAUGCCAGCCGACCCCUCCUCUGUCCCACACCGCGUCACAAUUCUUUCCUGUCAUCCAGUCGACUCUCUUGCUUCACAUCUCGCCUCUAUUAUCACCACUGCGCUCUUCAUCCCCCUCGAGUCAUACUAUUUGCGUUCCCUCGCCUCUUCCUAUCUGUCAUCCGUAGGGUCCCCUCGACGUUCCGACGUCCGUCCCCUCGGAGCAUGGGGCGGAGGUGGCUCUUCCUCGGAUAUAAUGGCAUAUGUGGGCAAGAUGGCCCUCAUGGUUGGCCUGCAAGCUGCGCUGAAUGCAAGUGUGUGGGGGGUGAUAUCAGGCGCUGCGAUUAGGAUCGGCAAGCGAUUCUGUGGUUGGGGAAAUCUAUGA